AUGUCUACCUCAAUCGUCUUCAUCGGAGGGGGCUGGCACUAUCCAGAAUCAUAUGCUAAAUUCCGGACUGCUCUUGAAUCACAACUAGGGUUGACGAUCCACGUCCCUCAACUGCCAACCAUGAAUGUUACAAGGCCUCCGACCGCGGAUCUUUAUACUGAUUCUGAUGCCAUUCGUGAGAUUGUGACUAAACUAGCCGACGCUGGUCGCUCCCUUGUUGUUAUUAUGCACUCAUAUGGGGGCCAAGUUGGAACCAAUGCCCUCGUGGGUCUCGGAGCUGAGUCUCGCAAACAGCAGGGUCUACCAGGUGGUGUUAUUCAAUUGAUCUAUGUCGGUGCCCAGGCACUUCAGGAAGGCGAAUCGGGGGUGUCUAUAGCUAAGGGGAAAGGGCGUGGACAAUUCUUAGCUAUGAUCGUAGACUUUGCCGAUGACGGUACCUGUGUUCACCGAAACCCUGAGGAUGUGCUUAUUGGCCCUGGACUUUCAGAAGAAGAGCUGGAAACAUGUGUGGCAUCUCUAGGGCGUUGGAAUGGGAGUGUUUUGUCGCAGCCAUUAAAGCAGUGUUCGUGGCGGGAAAUUCCGGUGGCCUAUAUCUAUACCUUGAGCGACAUUACCUUGCCAUUACACUACCAGAAAUCCAUGGUGGAGAUCAUGAACGCUGCAGGAUGCGAUGUCAAGACGUUUGAGAUUGAGUCCGGCCACUGUCCCACAAUGACCAAACCGGAGGAACUGGCAAUCAUCAUAAAACAGAUUGUCAACGGCGCGUCUGCCUAG